AGCAGCAGCUUCAGUGCGACUGUAAAGUGAAAGUAGGUGGAUAGACAGAAAAAAACAACAAACACACACGGAAGACGAAGAGUUUUAUCUGUACGCGUGUUAAAGAGCUGGCGUCGAAAUCGGUGCCUGCACAUUAUGGCGCAGUGGGCGCAAAUGACCCAGCACAUACAGUUCUUGACAACUGAGGUGCUGAAUGAACUCUACCCAGUCACGUUUCCUCUGGAUAUCAGGCACUAUUUGGCCAGCUGGAUAGAGGGGCAGCAAUGGGAUAGCUUUGAUGUGGACAACAGGGAACAGGAAUCUCAGGCUCAAUUACUGUCGGAUCAGAUGGUGAUGUUGCUGCAUCAAGUGGCCAAGCAGAACCCUAAUGUGGUGGAGAAGGUCAAACUACAGCAUAUGAGCAAGAACUGGAGUGUGCUUUACCCACAACCCUUACAACUUGUGAGGACAGUUCGGGAGAUUCUAAGGAAAGAAAGACUAAUUUUAUCACAGACUAAUAUGCAGUUCCCUCCCUUCGCACCUCCACCUACCAACGGCAUCCCACAACAAGCAUGGGAGGAGAAAAAGACUGAUGUGGAGAAUCUAAUGUCCAAAGUUAUGGAAAUUCAGAAUCGCCGCCAAACACUUCAUCAGCUUCAAGAGGAACUGAAUUGGGAGAAAGAGACGAUUCAAGGUCUCAGUGAGAUGGAUACAGGUGCUAAACAGAAACGCAUUCAGCAAAUUGAGUAUAACGCAACAAUUUGUGCACAGGAGCGUGUACAGUUUCUUUGCGAUGCCGUAGGAGCUCUGGAGCAAUGUCAGUCCUCUUUAAUGCUUAAAAUUGAGUCCUGGAGGUGGGAACAGCAUCGAUCAACCAUUGGCAUGCCCUUCAAUGACAUCCUCGACCAUCUGCAGACAUGGAGUGAGCAGUUGCUCAUAGUGAAUGGUAACCUGAGACAGGAGCUCAUGCUGAUGAAAGUGGACCAUGGAGAUGCUGAACGGCUUCGAACUUUGGAGGAAAACCUGGCACGUCUACUCAAGACUCUCAUUCAGAAUUCAUUGGUAGUAGAGAAGCAGCCUCCCCAGGUCAUCAAAACUCAGUCCAAGUUUUCCACCACUGUACGCUAUCUGCUGGGAGACAAGAUGGCCCCUGGAAAACCUGUCUUAUUAAAGGCUCAGAUUAUCACCGAGGCACAAGCAAGAAACCUGGGUCAACAAAGUGUCAUUCCCAAUGAAAAUGUUGGAGAACUUCUUAAUAGUACGACGAUCUUGGAGCACAACACCACCAGCAAGAACACCUGUGCCACCUUUAGAAACAUGUCCAUAAGGAGGAUCAAACGGGCUGACAGGAAGGGCUCUGAAUCAGUGACUGAGGAAAAGUUUGCAUUGUUGUUUACCACAGAUAUAACCAUCACCGGCGGUGAGAGGCCAUACAGCCUUCAGAGCAUCUCUCUUCCUGUGGUUGUAAUUGUACACGGUAGUCAGGAAAUCAAUGCCAUGGCCACCAUCAUAUGGGACUGCGCCUUCUCUGAGCCAAACAGGAUACCAUUCCUUGUUCCUGAGCGUGUGUCCUGGCAGCAGAUGUGUGGGGCUCUUAGCAGUAAGUUCAUGUCUGAGGUCCAGACAACCCGGGGCCUGGACCCAUUAAACCUACGCUUUCUGGGCCAAAAGAUCUUUGAUCAACCUGAUCACCCUGGAGAUUUCGAAAACAUGCUUGUUUCCUGGGCUCAAUUCAACAAGGAAGUUCUGCCUGGUCGAAACUUCACCUUCUGGCAGUGGUUUGAAGGGGCAAUAGACCUAACUAAGAGAUGCCUACGAGACUAUUGGACAGAUGGAUUGAUCUUCGGCUUUAUUGGAAAACAGUACAUCCACUGCAUGCUGCAGGAUAAAACCAACGGCUUCUUCCUUCUGCGCUUCAGUGACUCAGAAAUUGGUGGCAUCACCAUUGCAUAUGUGGAACCCACUGAAAACGGAGGCAGGAGAGUCCAGAAUAUUCAGCCUUUCACCAAAAAGGAUCUGGACUCAGCUGGCCUUGGCGAUCGCAUUCGGGACAUUAGCUGCAUCAGUCAUGUAUAUCCAGGCAUUCCAAAGAAUGAAGCAUUUAAGAAAUACUUUACAGUGCCCUCCGCUCCUAAUGCUGAUGGAUACCUGCCUUUCAAGCUUACAACAGUUGUCAACCCAGGAGACAAUAGCACCUCCACUAACAACAUAACCUCUGAGAAUAUCUCUAUGAAUUUUAUUUCACCAUCUACGUCUCAGGCAUUUGGGCAAAACAUGAAUCAGGACAUAUAUAAUCAACAUUGUACGCCUUCAUAUAGUAUGCCAGAUGACAUCAUGCCUCCCCAACCAAUGUACCCGACAGACAUGCAGGUAAACCCCCCUGACGAAUUUUCAGAAAUGGAGGAAUUUGAGGGACUUCUGUCAUCUAUCUAACAAAUCACCAGCAAAGAGCUUUGCUAGAGGUACAGUCCCUCUGUUCUUGAUGGAGAAAGACUAUCAGAUGACUUGGCGCUCUAUGAAGAGAAACUCUCACCCUCUAAAAGAGACAUUACCCUUUUUUCCCAAAACAAGUGUAUCUAUAAGGAUUUACUUUGCUUAAAUUUGAUCGUCAUUGGGAAAUGAUCACAUGGAUUGUUUUUAUUCAGCUCCUGCAAAAACAAAAACACACUAAAGUGCAGUUUAGAGGACCAGUGUGUUUGACUCAGUAAUCAUAGUGAAUACCCAAUAGGCAAUUGUGUAAAAUUCUAUGAAGUUUUCAAAAGUAGUUGCAUUUUCCAUUGCAUCAA